CAUUUUCCAGCAGGGCCGAGGGGUUUGGGGUCAGAGACUGGAAUUCCUCUCCUUCGCCCUCUCUUCCUGGAUACAUCUUGGACCCCACUCUCUCCCUCUGACCUUGGUCAGCCCCUCUAGGCUCUCCCCUCCCAAUUCCCUCCUGUGGCUGGGACCUUAGCCCUGGUGAAGGGCUGCCCUCUGCUGCUCCCGGCUUGUGCCCACCCCUGCCUGGACACAAACCAACUCAGCUCAGCAGCGCCUGGCUCUCCCCCCACCCCACAGAGGUCCCAGCUCCCUAGUGGAGGCAGGCAGGACCCCCAAAGCACCCCCGUUGUGGCAUGGUCCUGCACACUUGAUCUCUGUCCGACACCUCCCCCCCCAUCCCCAGAGGCCAGUCACUGACCCGUGGCUGUAGUUAUUACUACUUUUGUUAAAGGCUGCUUUGCUUCCUGCUUCCUGCACUCCCCUUCCCCCAACCCUCCGGCCCCAGGUCACAGUUCUGUGUCAGAGAUCUUUUGACUCCCAGCUGGCUGGGCCAGCAGAAAUGUCCCUAAACCAUGCCAGUGCUCUGGGAGAAGUUCUCCUAUCUCAGGCAGGCCCUGGGAAGAGGUCAAGUUGGGCAGCAGAGAAAGGAACAAACUUUUUAUUGAGUCUUUUACAAGUCAGGCAUUUCCCCUGCAUUUAAAUCCUCCCAAACAGCUUGGUUGGGAGAUGGUGUUGUCUCCUUCCAGUAAGUGUCAAAGAGCAGGAAGCUCAGAGAGGUUAAGCCACUAGCCUUAAGUCACACAGCUUGUAAACUCUGCUGGGAUCUCAGGUCUAACUCUAAAGCCUCACCUUUUCCCAUGAGGUCACAUCUACGGCCAGGAAAAAGAGGGCAUUUUGCUCUUCCGAAAACCACUGGGAUGUGUAAUUUACAAUUAAAAGUUAAGGGUGAUCAUUUCCUCUGACAGAGGGGAGUUGACCUCUGAGGAUUUGAGCUGCUUUACUGAGCAGAACUAGGAAACCUGACCGGUGCAGGGUGUGUGUAGGGGGAAGGGGCAUAGAGGAGCUUGGGAACGGUCACCUCCAGGAGAGGGGUGAUGGCUCUGCAGGCUGCCCGCCCACCCCUCCCUUCUCCUGCUGCUACUGCAGCCUCAGGGAGUAGGGAGGAAGGAGGGUGUUGGGGGAGGGCUCCUGCCCCUUUAAAAUCCAGCGCUUAACCCCAGCGCUCAGGUUAGGAUAGAAUGGCAUUUAAAAAAAAUAAUUUUACCUUAUCUACCUGUAUUAACCACAGAAAAAUAUUUUUGAAUUGUACUAAAUGUUAAAGGAGAACAAAAAGGAAAUAAACAGAAGAAACGCCAGAAGUGUAAAACCCAGUCUCGUUUCAAGAGCCGAGUUUCUGAUCCUGCGAUAACUCAGGUGCCAGCCCCCAAAGACUGUCACCACCUCAAAGGCUCUUUGCCUGGCUUCCUGCCCACCCAGCCCGGCCUGUCUCCAGUUGCUGCUGUCCAGUCUACUUCCUGCCCUUCUUCUGGAACUCUGGAUCCCUUCUAGGCCAAGGCCAAAGACAGAUCCUCAGAGACUCUCGGCCUUCCCUGUUUCUUUUGAAUUUUCCCGACCUCCUGGAUCUGGCCCCUUAGUUCCAAUUUACCACCUUGGUAGCUGAUUGGCAGGCCUAGGAUGAUUGACAUAACCACCUUCCAAUGACUUGACGCUCUCCUGCUCGGUCCCUGAAGGGCUUCCUGUGUAAGGCUAAGUUGUGUAGCUUGUUGACUGCCCAAAGAUGCUGGGUGAGGAGGUGCGCUGGCCCCAGUUACACACCUUCAGUGUUGCAUUCCUGCAGGGACUUCUUUUGUUUGUUUGUUUCUAUCUUGUCCAGCCCAAGUUAGCGCCUCCUUCUACCUUGCACUCCAGGGACAUUGGAUAGAGUCAAUGGCAAGAAAACAAGCCAGAGGGAGGUUGGGAGGGUGAGAAAAGCAUUUUAUAGUCUCAUUGGCAGCUGGGCAUCUUCCUCACCUGCCCCAGCAACGGCCUCUUGGGAUGCUCGUCUGUGCCUGGCUGCUGCUCUCCUCGGUGGGUGGUGGUGGUCAGGAGGGGAUCGUCCUUCACGGGCCCACAUGUGGCAGAAACUCCCAGGGUCUGGAUUCCAGGAGACAGCCUCCAGGUCCUGCACUGCAGUCGCCACGGGGAUGGCUGCCCUGGGCCUCCUCUGGGCGCUUUUCCUGCUCCCUCCCUCGGUGUCUGGGAUCCCCACUGAGGAGCCCACUGCUGGGGAAGCUGUGGCCUUGACGUCCUCUGGAAACUGCCGGCGGUGCUGUGACUCUGAGGACCCCCUGGUCCUUGCUGACGCUGCAGAUACAUCCUCGGCGUCUCCGUCUGCCCUUCAGUACGUGUUGCCUGAGGUCAGGCCCUACAUUAACAUCACCAUCCUGAAGGGUGAGAAAGGGGACCGAGGCCUGCUGGGUACGCCUGGGAAGCUGGGCAGGGAGGGCCCCCGGGGGGAGCGCGGCCCCCAGGGCGGACCAAACGGGACGGCGGGCAGCCCCGGCGGCCCAUGCCAGAGGCGCUUCUCGGCCUUCUCAGUGGGCCGCAAGACGGCGCUGCACAGCAGUGAGGGCUUCCAGCCGCUGCUCUUCGACACGGUCUUCGUGAACCCGGACGGGCACUUCGACCUGGCUGCUGGCCACUUCAUCGCCCCCCUGCGUGGCCUCUACUUCUUCAGCCUCAAUGUGCACAGCUGGAACUUCAAGGAGACCUACGUGCAUGUCGUGCACAACGAGGAGGCAGCCGUCAUCUUGUACGCACAGCCCAGCGACCGCAGCAUCAUGCAGAGCCAGAGCGUGAUGCUGGCCCUGGCGCCUGGCGACCGCGUCUGGGCGCGGCUCUUCAAGCGCGAGCGUGAGAACGCCGUCUACAGCGACGACAUUGACACCUACAUCACCUUCAGCGGCCACCUCAUCAAGCCCGAGGACGAUUAGUGCCUCCGGCGGGGCAGCUCGGGCUGGGGGUGGCUGCGGGCAGGUCUGUCCCCUGCAGGGCCUCAGUUUGCACAUCUGUAAAGUGGGCCGCAGGACCUGACAUUCUGGGCAGCCUUCCUCUUCUUUCCUUCCCUCCAUCACCCCUCUCAGGCUGUUUCUGCCUCUCUCCUCUCUUGGAUGACUUUUAAGAAACCUCCUAACCUAAUUCUUCUAGAACUUUCCCAACCCUUUAGACCAGCACCUCUCAAACUCGAAUGUGAGUAUGCAUCACCCAGGGACUGUGCUAAAAUGCAGGUUCUGACUCAGCAAGCAUGCAGUGGGCCCAGGGUUCUGCAUUUCUAAUUUCCGGGGUGAUGCUGAUGCUGCUGGUCACUGGACACCACUCAGUAAUCAAGUCCUAUAACUUUCACAACAUUCUAGUACUUUCUGAACAUUCUGGAAUCUUCCAAACAUCCUGAAAUUCUCUCAUCCCUCUAGGACACCCCCUCCUCUGGUCUCUUGCCCCUUCCCCCUUCUCGUCUCACUCCCGUCUGCACCCUUACUUGUGUAGUCAUGGUUCAUUUAUUCAGUCGUCAGACACUCACUGAGCCCUCACUCUGUGCCAGGUUCCGGGAAGGCUGAGGUGGAUCAGUCACAGGCCCUGCCGUCGGUGGGCACCCAGUCCAGCCAGGGUGGGGAUGCACAGAGGAUUCUGAAACCAGACCCAAGGAAACACGUGGGGCUCUGAUCACAGAAGUCUGCAUUCUGGGCUCUCAGGCACUGUGGCCGCUCGUUACCCACCAGUCCCCAAGGCUGGUGGCAUAGGGCACCUGAGUUGGGGUGUGGUACCCCCUGCCCAUUCCUCCUUGUUUUUCUGCCCAAUGCUUGUAUUAAAGCAAACCCAGAGGGGCCUCAGUCAGGGCAAGGGUGUUGUGAGGAGAGGACCCAGGGGCUUGGGGGCAUUUUGAGGUAGGGGGCCCCUGGAGAAGGGAGCCUGGACCCGUUUCUCCCCACCUGGCUCCUACCCUCCUCAGCACGUGCCCUCCCUGCCCCGCUCCCUGGACGCCAUCGGGGCAGUGCUCAGCCCACCCUGCCAGGGUUGCCUGGGCCUCAGUUCUCCCAGGCUCCCGGCCAGUGUCAGACACUGACGUCUGUCCCCAGGUGCUCUGACCUCCGUGGCCCCUCUCGCCAGCCCGGUGCCCCCGGCUCUCCAGGCUCUGUUAAGGUGCUGAGGCCCUGGUGGGCAGCUCCUGCCCAGCAGAACCUCCUCUGGCCUCUGCUGUUGUGACAGACACUGCCGGGCAAUGAGCCAGGAUGGGAGGCCCCGGGCUUUGGACCCCUCAGCAGGUCUGGGGAACCAAAGCGAGCCAUGUUCUGGGUCAGUCAGGGGGCUUCUCCUCUGAGCCAUGAUGCCAAGGGAGGUAGGUGCUGGGAGAGGCUGAGGCAGAAUGAGGGACAUCAGGGCUUCUGUCCCCUCCCCCUCUCAGGGAGGACAGCCUGACGGCCCCCAGCCUUUCUCUCCCCCAACCCCAGGUGGCCUGAACCUCUCCGCAGAGGGAGAUGGCCUCGACCCAUUGGUGCUUGUGCAGACUCCGGGGCACAGCUGGCCCGGGUGAUGGUCUCUGAUGCUUACUUAGAGCCAAGGGAGCCGUGGCCACGUGGCUGGGCGAUGGCGGUGGGGCCUGACCCAGUGCCGUGGAGGCUGGUGCUAUACGGCCGCCCGCAGCCCAGUUUGCCCCUGCCCUGCUUGUCCAGCGUGAUUAAAUGUGUGUCUUCUUAGCA